AGUCUUCUUAAAAUGAAGACGACUGCUCGGUCCCUGAAGAACAGACUUGAAUGUAGAGCUGGCAUCUACUUUCAGCUCUGUAGGACUUUUAGAACAUUUUAUAGGCCUUUGGAACAGUGAGAUUUUAUGUCUGAUCAGAGCAGUGAAUCCAGGUGCUUUUACAGAAGAAUUCACCGUAUUUAUUGUGUCUGAAGCAGGAAUUCAGAUCAUCAGAGACGGCUCUAGUUGAGCUAUCCUCUAUACAGUAAAUAGCAGUAUUCAGAUCAGUCAAGUGUUGUAUAGGUUUUUGUCGUUCCUCCUGUGCGCAUAUAUCCAUUUGGAGAAAGACAAGUGUCAUUCGCAAGGGAAGUAAAGACAAUGUACAAUACAGUUUGGACUACGGAAAAAUACGAAGAUGAUUGGAGGGACGUGAUGAUGCCAUAUUCCACAGAAUUAAUAUUUUAUAUUGAAAUGGACCAACCACCUCCAGCUCUUCCUCCCAAACCGGCCAAGCCCAUGACUCCAGUGAGCAGCAGCAACGGUGUGAAGGAAGGGGCUGAGGGAUCGCUACAGGAAGCAGAGUGGUACUGGGGAGACAUAUCAAGGGAAGAGGUGAAUGAUAAGCUGAGAGACAUGCCUGAUGGGACAUUCCUAGUUCGGGACGCCUCCACCAAAAUGCAGGGUGACUACACACUAACACUGAGGAAAGGGGGCAACAACAAGUUAAUCAAGAUCUACCACCGGGAUGGAAAGUACGGUUUCUCAGACCCCCUGACGUUUGGUUCUGUUGUGGAGCUGAUCAAUCACUAUAGACAUGAAUCCCUGGCCCAGUACAACACCAAGCUAGACGUCAAACUCAUGUUCCCCAUCUCACACUACCAGCAGGACCAGCUGGUGAAAGAGGACAACAUUGACGCGGUGGGGAAGAAACUCCAAGAAUAUCACAAUCAAUACCAAGAGAAGAGCAAGGAGUAUGACCGGCUUUAUGAGGACUACACAAAGACUUCACAGGAGAUUCAGAUGAAGAGGACGGCCAUCGAGGCCUUCAACGAGACCAUCAAGAUCUUUGAGGAGCAGUGUCACACGCAGGAACGCUACAGCAAGGACUACAUGGAGCGCUUCCGCCGGGAGGGCAACGACAAGGAGAUUGAGAGGAUCAUGAUGAACUAUGAGAAGCUAAAGUCUCGUCUGGGGGAGAUCCACGACAGUAAGAUUAGUCUGGAGCAGGACCUGAAGACUCAGGCGCUGGACAACAGAGAGACGGACAAGAAGAUGAACAGCCUCAAACCUGACCUCAUCCAGCUCCGCAAGAUCAGGGACCAGUACCUGAUCUGGCUCAAUCACAAAGGAGUGCGUCAGAAACGAAUUAAUGAGUGGCUGGGGAUCAAGAACGAGAACACAGAUGAAGGGUACUUUGUCAGUACAGAGGAGGAUGACAACCUGCCACACUAUGAUGAAAAGACCUGGUUUGUAGGAGACCUGAACAGAACCCAGUCUGAAGACCUCCUACUGGGCAAACCUGACGGAGCUUUCCUCAUUAGAGAGAGUAGCAAGAAAGGCUGCUAUGCAUGCUCUGUAGUUGUGGAGGGUGAGGUGAAGCACUGUGUGAUUUUCAGCACACCGAAGGGCUACGGCUUCGCUGAACCUUACAACCUUUACAACUCUCUGAAAGACCUGGUCCUGCACUACCACCAGACCUCCCUGGUCCAGCACAACGACUCCCUCAACGUCUGCCUGGCCUACCCGGUCUACACACAGAUGCCCUCCUUCUCCGGCCCUUCCCCACGGAGAUGAGCCCCCCCCCCUGCCCAGAACCCCAACAGACUACCCACCCUACCUACCCAGCCCCAGGAGGGAUGAGGGGACAGGGGGACGGGGUUGGGGGGUACAGGGGUCAGCCUCAUAAUCCAAACUAGUACCCAGAACCUGAGAAACACCUGAGAGAGGAGAAAAAAGCAACAUAAACACUUGCUGCAACACACGUCAGCCACCUUGGAGUUAUAUAUAUUUCUACUAGAACAAUUGGAGGGCAUUCUUUGUAAAGACUGCUUGAUUUGCACAAGGAAGUUUUAAAUGUUUGUGAAUGUGAAAAAACGUAAGGAAAGGAGAAGAGCCGAGUUUCAGGUGACCUAAACUCCAGCCGGGACUCUUUUACAGAAAAACAUCAUCAUGAAAACACUCCAUUCUGAGGCUUUGUUUCCCGUCGUCCGUCUGUUUGCCCAAAUGAUUCUUUUAUUUCAUUCCUUUUACUUUUUUUUUGCAGAGUUUGUUAUCUUUUUUUUUUCAUUUGGACAAUUAAUUUGGUUUACUGCUUAUUUGCUAAAUGCAAGAGAUGAUGAUGUCGAGUGUUCUCUGUCCCUCUCCGUAUGAGAAGCAAAAAUAAUGUAGCAUAACAAAUGAAGGACAGUUGUUCAGAGUGUUUCUCCAUAUAGACUGCUGCUGAAGGGUUGGGGAGGGGAGGGGAGGGGGAAUGGGGAGGACGAUAGAAGCAGACGGUGGAAGGGAGGGAAGAGUUGAAAGGGGCCACAAUGCGGGAGUUAAAAAUGGGUUUGUCGUCUUAAAAGAAAAAGCUUUUAUAUUAAGCAGAGAUGGAGAGUGAGUAUGUUUUCUUGCUGGAUCCUAUUUCCUUUGACACAUUGUAAGUUACGGUAACGUUACAAUCACGAUGUUACAGUCCGUACAGAGACCAAAGUUGGCAUGAGGAGAGAAAAGUCCACCAUUGUGUUUUUCUUAGUCUGUAUGAAUGGAGAAGAGAAAAUAGAGAGCUUGCUUUGUUUGAUACCACACAUACAGCAGAGUUUUGGGCCAGUGUUCGUCCACUAUACUGAAAGGUUUGGAUUAAACCAAAUGGUACGCACAGACUGAGUUGGUCGAUGGGUUUGACCGUCUGGACUCCGGUCACGUCGAGUUAGAAGCACUUAUCUAAGAGGAGAGCCCAGGCAAGGACGCACCGUACAGUCUGACACCAGAAACAAACAACCUUAGAAGCUGAAAGAGGUUUUAUGUGUGGUUUUAAAACAAGAAGGUGUAUGUAUGUGCUAAAGUCUGUUUAAAACAAACAGGGACUUGUUGUUUUGGUUACAGAACCUUUGAGACAAUAAGCUUUGAUCUGAGAGCAGGUAGGGGGCGGAGGGGUUCCAAGCUGACGACACAUGCUUUACGUGAUGAUGAUGACGAUUAAAACUUGAAGAACGUGCAAUCCAACAUUGCGUUAUGAUUAUGUAGGUUAGCAGUCACCCGGAGAGCUGAACUAACCCAGCUCCCAGACAGACUCACGGGACAGAUCAUCAAAGUGCACAGUGAAGCUUUUGAAGAGCGAAUUAUUUCAACAACCUACAAAAAAAAUAUUUAGAUUUUUUUUUUAACGUGUUUCACUCAAACCUCAUACUCGGUGCUUGACUUUAUAACCAGUGGAAACAUUUCAAAAAAUAAAUAGAAAGAAAACCAUUAUAACAUUGUACAAUAACAUUAACAAAAUGACAAACAAAACCACAAUCUGCCAUUUCCAGUAUAUUCAGUCACUUCUACUUCCUGAUAUGAAAUGUUCUAUUCUGAUUGGCUGUUGUUCUUGUCUACUGUUUUACCGUUGGCUCUCCUUGCUGCCUAUCCAAUGAGCCAUCUCUCAGACAGACAAUGGGCACGUGUGGGGGGUCCUGUCUCUCCCAGACAGUUGUCCCCUCUCUGACUGUGUUAACCUCAGGCCCUAUUUGAAGGCCUUGUUGACAGGAGAGGGUAGUGCUGCAGCAGAGGGUUGAUUUUGUUCUCAGGGUCACUAAGACAGCUGUUGUAAAUGGGACAAGCUCAGCCCUUGUUUACAACUAUGAGGAGCAAGCCCCCUCCAAAUUUCUGCCCCUUACCGUGCUCUAUUGGGGUAAAGACACCACCCCGGCAGCAACACUGUGAGUGUGGUAAGGCCCACUACCAAAUUUGAUCAAGCAGAUAGUUACACAUAAAAAUGUUUAUUCAAAUAAGUAGUUCUUGUCACAUUUUGAAAACACACUCGUUACAAAGUCAGACUGCAACUGUCUAUCGUCUGCAAGGUCUCUACUAAACUACCAGUGGAAACCAGCAUGGUGAAGGGGUCACACCAGUGAGAACCAGUACACUCUUAAAAAGAAAGGCGCUAUCUAGAACCUAAAAGGGUUCUUCGGUUUUCCUCAUAAGAGAACACUGAAGGAACCUGUUUGGUUCCAGGUAGAACCAUUUUGGUUCUAGGAUAACCCUUUUGGGUUCCAUGUAGAACACUUUCCACAGAGUGUUUUACCCAAAAGGGUUCUAGCUGGAAGCAAAAGGGAUCUACCUUGAACCUAAAAUGGCUUAUCCUAUGAGGACAGCUGAAAAAAACUUUUUUCUAAGAGCGUAUGGUGAAGGGCUCAAACCAAUGUAAACCAGUAUAGUGAAGGGGUCAAACUAAUGUAAACUAGUAUGGUGAAGGGGUCAAACUAAUGUAAACUAGUAUAGUGAAGGGGUCAAACUAAUGGAAACUAGUAUAGUGAAGGGGUCAAACUAAUGGAAACUAGUAUAGUGAAGGGGUCAAACUAAUGGAAACUAGUAUAGUGAAGGGGUCAAACUAAUGUAAACUAGUAUGGUGAAGGGGUCAAACUAAUGUAAACUAGUAUAGUGAAGGGGUCAAACUAAUGGAAACUAGUAUAGUGAAGGGGUCAAACUAAUGGAAACUAGUAUAGUGAAGGGGUCAAACUAAUGUCAACUAGUAUAGUGAAAGGGUCAAACUAAUGUAAACUAGUACAGUGAAGGGGUCAAACUAAUGGAAACUAGUAUAGUGAAAGGGUCAAACUAAUGUAAAUUAGUACAGUGAAGGUGUCAUACCAGUGGAAACCAGUACAGUGAAGGGGUCACACCAGUGGAAACCAGUACAGUGAAGGGGUCACACCAGUGGAAACCAGUACAGUGAAGGUGUCACACCAGUGGAAACCAGUACAGUGAAGGGGUCACACCAGUGGAAACCAGUACAGUGAAGGUGUCACACCAGUGGAAACCAGUACAGUGAAGGGGUCACACCAGUGGAAACCAGUAUGGUUGAAAGCGUUAGCGUCAGAACGAAGAGGAGCGUUAAAGCCAUUGUUAUCUAGCUUUGUGGUGGUGGAGUGUAACCCUCAUGUUGAAUAAAUGAAUGACUGAUGCAGCCUUGGUAGUAGCUAGUCCUCCCUCCCUGCUGAGUAUCUCCCCUGUAUCUCCUCCACCACAGCACUUAACCUUUGAGCCAAUCACUUUAUCUACCCUACAUCCCACCCCUUUCAAUGCCCUUGGAGUAGUGCCCUAAGAUAAGCCAGAGUAGGCAGGGGGGGUCACUAGGCCACAGGAGGAGCUGAAAGCCCUUGAUAGGGAACACAUGCAAGGGAGGAGGGGAGUGGCAUGACACCUCUAAAGACUAGAGUCACUCCUGGGGGGGGGGGGGGGGGGGUGAUAUGGUGUACUGGGGGAAGGAAGGGACUCAGAGUUUAUGUUGAAUGUACAACUGGAUCAGGCUGUUCUGGUAGAUGCACAUGUGUUUGUGUCUCCUCAUCCUUGUUUUUUGGCAAGGACCCUCAGGCAGGAUGCUAGGCUACCCUUUUGCUACAUAACAGUUUCAUAACAAAACCCACUUUAAUAUCUAGACUGGUAAAACCAUGUUUGACAACACCCAGCCAGUAGGCUAGACCUGGUGUCUUUAAUUAUAAAUGGUGUCUAUCUGGUUCUAAUGGUGUCUAUUCAUUAUAAUGAUGUCUAUAUGGUUCUAAUGGUGUCAAUUAAUUAUAAUGUUAUCUAUCUGGUUCUAAUGGUGUCUAUUCAUUAUAAUGGUGUCUAUCUGUUUCUAAUGGUGUCUAUUCAUUAUAAUGGUAUCUAUAUGUUUCUUAUGGUGUCUAUUCAUUAUAAUGGUGUCUAUUAAUUAUAAUGGUGUCUAUCUCCUGCUCAGUGGCCCUGCUUUGCUAGGUUUGUCCAUGAGGCUUUCCGUAGUUGUAGAGCCCCUGCGAAUCUUCACUUCAGUCUCCUCUCCUAUCUUGUCCUCCACCAUGGUUUGAAGGUUGUUAUUUAGUUGACUUUUGGUUUUUACUGGGAGCCUUGUAGGCGUCUGCCUCUAUUACUUGAACUGUUGCAUCGCUCACUGUUGAAUGUCUUUAUAUUGAAAUAUAUAUAUAGAAAUAUAUGAAAGAAAAUAUCUCUGUUGUUCUAUGGCGAGCAGGACUGGGUUGACUUUUAAAGAUAUAUAAUUACACAUGUUUAUGUCACAGAAAUCAUAUUAAGCUUCUUUGCAAGGAGGGAAGGAAGGAGGUGCUUUGUAAACUUUCUCAGAAAUAUGCUAAGAUUAUGUUUGUUGAUGAGAGCUUGUCUGAUAUUGCACACAUCACUCUUUGCAUCUUAAACGGUGCCCUAUUCCCUAUAUAGUCCACUACUUCUGGUCAAAAGUAGUGUUCUAGGGAAUACUGUCUCAUCUUAAGCCGCCAUUUUCUGCAGUAAUUCAAAGCAUUUCUCAUCUAUGAUGCUAAAUAUGUACUUUUUUUCUUCCUCUUGCUGUAGUCGUGUUGCUCCUCUAGUUUCUCUCUGUAUACUUCCCCCUGGCGUUGAGACCAAACAUUUCAGUUGACUUCAUAUUUAGCCUUUAGUUGUUGAUAGUUUCGAAAGGGACGUUUGUUUCCAUGUUUUAUAUUAUUUCCAUUGUCUUGCUUGCAAAAGAACGCAGAAGUUAAUAUGGUACAGUAGCUAGCUAGCAUUUAGGUUGUCAGAGUGAGUGAGUGUCCCGUAUAGUUAGCUAGCAUCCCCUCUUAGUGAUAAUGCUAAUUAUCAGUAACAGUAAUUAUCAUGAAGUAUGAUAAUAAUGAAUUAUUGGGGAUAGAUGUUCCUGUGUGAUAUUUGAGGUAUAGGAUCUAUACUAAAGGUCAUUGAUUUGGCUGUCCUCACUAAGCAGUGUGGUUGAGGAUAGUUUGCAGUCUUUUGUCUAUUUAAAUUAGACCUAAUGUUUUCUCCACUUUGAAGGCAAGGAGAGAUACAGGCAGAUUCAUUCUUAACCCAGGGUUGUAUUUUCCUGGUUAACCAGGUUUCUCUCCACACUCGUGAUGUGAGUGGGUUCAUUGGUCCAUUUUACUAUGCGUGUCAUUGGUGUGAUUCCUCUUAGUUUUGUUAAGGUUGUAAAGACCUCUUACUUCACCAAAAACACUCCCUGUGUCUGUCUCUUGUUUUCUCACAACACAGUCAGAUAUUUGCACACGUUGAUCCAGUCAGAGAGAUGGUUGCUCUCUCUCCCUCUCAGCUUGGAAAGGUGUAUAUGAGACAAGUACAAUGAGUUUCCCCCUGUCCAGUGGUUUGUCUUAAGAGAACAAGUGAUUGUCAGUCUCUGCAGGACAGAAAGCAACUGUCCUUUCUUUUGCUCUUUCACUCCAGAACUCAUGCAAUAUUCCUUUCCUUUACUAUCAAGGGUCAGGGGUCAGGGACAGAGAUGUGUUUAUGAGAGAACGCCACUGGUGUGUUUCUGUGGAACCAUGGUCAGUGGGGGGGGGGGGGGGGGGGCAAGAUUUGCUGCACAUACUAUGAGACUUUGGGAGGGAAAUACAUUUGGAAGGGUUUGGAAGGGGGGCCGAACCAACGUAUAUAUGUUACCCAAGUUUACUUUUGAACUGUUUUAACUCAACAGUUUUCUGUGUGAAAACCAAACACUAAGUUGGAGUUACAGGUACAGGGCCAUGCAGGCUUAGGUUUCCUACAGUACCCCAGGACUGUUAUGUAGCUAUAAUGUCUGUUGUUCUUCUUGUUGCCCUCAAGCAGUUCUGCAAAGUUUUAUUUGCAGCCAGUGAGGUUUGAAUAUGUUGAGAUUCUCACUGGGAGUCUUCUGUGUUCUUGCCACUGCUAUCUGAUCACAAUACCCAGCACAGCCUCAAGGAGUACAGCUUAUACAAAAACAUCUGCAUUUCAAAAGAAAAUAGAAAGAGAAAAAAACCGUUUUGAAGAAAAUAAAAGUGUAUAUGACUGUGUCCCUAUUCCCUCUUUUGACGUACAGAUCCAGCAUGCAUCUUGGGUACUAUUGACUGUUGUUUUUGUGUAUAAAAGAAAAAUUGAAGAAAAAAAAUCAGUUAAAAAAAACAACUGUUAUUUGUCUGUUUAUGGUGUAUUCAGAUCUGAAUUGAAUCUAGCUAACUAAACAAGUCACUGCUUCCAGCUGAACCAAGUUAGUCCUAUUAUUGUCAGGUGUAUAACAUUAGAACUAAUGUAAUACUGAGAAAGAGGAACUGCACAGCAAUACAAAUGUGUGUUUUAUUAUUGUGUGCUUGGCAACUGUCUCUCCAUAUUACAAUAUCUGUCAAUGUUUGAGACAUACAUUCAGUACAAUAUAAUAUGCUUUGAAUGUUCGACCUGUAAACCGCUUAUUGCGUGGCUUACAGUACACAACUUACUCACGUAAUCCAACAAUUAUUCUUACUAUUUCACAGACUGUUGGCAGCAUUUUGUAACUCCACCAGUUUUUGUUAUGCAGGCCAAUGCUUAGACACAAUAUCAGCAAUAAGAUAUUCCUCUUUUAUUAAGAUAAUUACUGAUAAUAAUGACGACUAUAUAAUUGUGUGUUUCUGGAGCGACAUUGGUGUUGUUGCAUGUGGAUGGUCAUAGUGAUGUCUUCCUCUCCUACUUUGAGCAGUUUUAUACUCUGCAGACCAUUCAAACAGAGACCUCUUUCUCAGGAUUACACGUCAUCAUACAAACCUUGCUUCUGGCUUCUAUGGGUAUUUCUGUCUUCAUUUACGUUGGUUUUAAUUCCAUCACAGUACACUACUUUACUUUGCAAUAGUUUGUAUAGGUUGUAAAAUCUCAAUUUGUUAUGAGCUCAACUCAUGUACGUUAUCAAUGGAACUCCACCAUAUUGAUUUCUCUGGCAGAAUAAAGAUACUAUUUUGUUGAAACA